AUGUAUGUUUGUUCGAAACCUAGACAAUCGUCAUUUAUCGUGUCAAAGUUAACAACUCUCCCGAAUGAGGCAAUUGAAGAAAUCUUCACAUAUCUUGAUACCAAAGAUCUCAAAAGCCUUUCAUUGAUAUGUAAAAAGCUUUUUAGUGUAGUUAGAAUUUAUCGAUUUGGUAUUGUCCACCCUAUUUGGAAAGAUGCCAUGGAACAUAUCGCUGGCGAAGGACCAUCAUCUUCAAUUAAUGCCGACGGAGUCCUCAUUAAGAAUAUUUAUUAUGUUUUAGAUCUCUCUACGAAUAAUCCGAGCUGCUGGCUUCUUUAUUUAGGUACAUCUCAUCUUGCCUGGCGCAACAAAUCCAUAAAAUAUAAUUCAAAAUUCGGUCACUUCGAACCGGUUAAAUCCUCUAAAGCUACUGCGAUAAGAUAUAUGAUAUAUGUAUUUGGUGGAGAAAAUUCACAAACUGAAAAAAUAUCGAACAUUCUUUAUUCGUUGGAUACACGAACAAUGAAAUUAAGUCGAAUUCGCCAAUCAGAGAAAACUGUCAAACCUCGAUUCAUGCAUACGUUAAACACAAUAGAUAGUGAUCGAAUCGCUAUUUUCGGUGGCAGAAGCUCUUUUAAUGAUAUACAGUAUGACAUUAAUGACUUUUCUGUAUACGAUAUUAUAAAGAAUAAAUGGACGCAUUAUACACCCAAAUCGGAUCUUCCGUAUUCAAGAUUUUUACAUUCCGCUACUGUCUCACUUGAUAAACUUUAUAUCUACGGAGGACGACAAAAAAUUCACAACAAAGGAAGCUCCAAAAUCCACGAUGAUGAAGAUUUAUGGGCAUAUGAUAUACGAAAGAAUAAUUGGACAAAAUAUUUGAGUCCUUCUUCCGACAAUUUUCCAUUUGAAUUGCCACGAGAAUGGAUUCCAACCAGUGGACAGAACACCAAGCCCGGCAGAAGAUCAUCAGCAUGUAUUUUUCCUUUAGGGAAACGAAUUGCUAUGAUUGGAGGAUCUGAUUGGAGUGAUAAAGAACAAGAAACCCCUUGGGAAUAUAUGAAAUUAUUUUCACCCGCUCAAAAAAGAUGGGAACAAGUUCGAGUUAAAGGAAUGCCGAAAUUAAAACAUUGUAUUGUGUUAAUAUCACAAUCAAAAGUUGGUAUUAAUCGAAGAUUAGUAAUUGGCCAGAGUUUCGGUGGGAAAGCAGUAAUCGGUUGGAUAUGCGAUUAA